AUGACACUGGGCUGCUCUGUGGCACGCAACAACAGGGACAUGAAACGCCACACGGCGGCGACAACAAGUGGUGUACACGGCCGACCCGGCAGCCCGGCCCCUCCAGAGGCCUCAAAAUGCCCCAUCAGCACAUCCAGCGCCUGGCUGCCUGCCUGGCUGCCCUCCAGCUCCGCCUCGGUGCCCUCUGUGCGUCAGGACGAAGCCAAGAUGUCUGCCGACGACGUGCACAAGAUCCUGACUGACGUGCAGCUGAUCAAAGGCAAACAGGAGACCAUCGACUCCAGGAUCAUCUCCAUGAAACAUGAGAACGAGGCCCUGUGGAGAGAGGUGGCCAGUCUGAGACAGAAACACCUUCAGCAACAGAAAGUCGUCAACAAGCUGAUCCAGUUCCUGGUUUCUCUCGUCCAGUCCAACAGGAUCAUGGGAGUCAAGAGGAAAAUUCCUCUGAUGCUGAAUGACUCUAGCUCCGCCCACUCCAUGCCUAAAUACAGCCGCCAGUUCUCAUUGGAGCACAUGCAGGCUGCAGCCAGUCUGCUCUCAGCAGACUCUCUGGUGACCUCUGGACCAAUCGUCUCUGACAUCACAGAUGUGGUCACGCCCACAGCGGAGAGCGUGAUCAGUGAUUGGAUGGAUGCAGGAGACAGCCAAUCGGUGCAGGUGAAAGAGGAGCCGCUCAGCCCUGACGUGGAGCUGUGUCCUGUCCUGGAGGGGGGGGACACACCUGUAGACACGCCCCUCUCCCCCACCACCUUCAUCAACUCCAUCCUGCAGGACAACGAGACGCAGACGACCCUCAACAGCUCCGCCACAGAACCUGCACCAGUCAGUCCCAUUGUUGUGAUGAGCCCUACCUCUGCGGGGCCCCUCCCAACAGCCACAACCAGCCAAUCACCUGCCUCCGUUCCCACCCCGAACUCUGCGCCCUGCCCCACCAAACUUCAGCAGAGUUGUCAGACAGUCGCCUGCAUCGACAGACCCCGCCCCCCUCCCUCUGCAGGUGGACUCUCACCUGACGUUUGGCGCUUCGUUCCAACACGAACUGAUAUAUCUGAACUGUCCAAUCACGUGGACUGUAUUGACAGCAGUCUAGAGAACCUGCAGAGCAUCCUGAACAAUCAGACCUUCACCUUCGACACAUCGCCCCUCAUGGAGUUCUUCAGUUCGUUGGUUUCUGGAGAUUUUGAUAACUCUGUCAUGUGUGUGCUGCUCUGUGAUUGGUCAUGUGUGUGCUGCUCUGUGAUUGGUCCAGGGAAGCAGCUGGUGCACUACAUGUCGGCCCCCGUCCUGCUGGAGGCGGAGCCGCCCGCCGAUGACCCCCCCGCCGCACUGCUAAGCCCCGCCCACCUGCACUCUGACCUCUGACAUCAUCCACCAGUCGCCAUGGCAACAGGGCGGUCUGAGCGCAGCGACAGAGGAUGACAUCAGAGUUUUUAUUAUUAUUAUUAUGCAGAUAUUAACCAGUUUAUAUGUCUUCUUCUUCUACUCUUUUUACUUUAGCUUUUUCUUCUUCGCUGCUUUAAUUGAGUCAUUCUGUUUCCAGAUGUUCUGUCUGACUACAGCUGUUUCCAGAUGUUCUGUCUGGCUACAGCUGCUUCCAGAUGUUCUGUCUGGCUACAGCUGCUUCCAGAUGUUCUGUCUGGCUACAGCUGCUUCCAGAUGUUCUGUCUGGCUACAGCUGCUUCCAGAUGUUCUGUCUGGCUACAGCUGCUUCCAGAUGUUCUGUCUGGCUACAGCUGCUUCCAGAUGUUCUGUCUGGCUACAGCUGUUUCCAGAUGUUCUGUCUGGCUACAGCUGUUUCCAGAUGUUCUGUCUGGCUACAGCUGUUUCCAGAUGUUCUGUCUGGCUACAGCUGUUUCCAGAUGUUCUGUCUGGCUACAGCUGUUUCCAGAUGUUCUGUCUGGCUACAGCUGUUUCCAGAUGUUCUGUCUGGCUACAGCUGCUUCCAGAUGUUCUGUCUGGCUACAGCUGCUUCCAGAUGUUCUGUCUGGCUACAGCUGUUUCCAGAUGUUUUCUGCAUGUUUGUUUUCAUGUGUAAAAUAUAUCAAACGAAGAGAAACGGAGUAUUUUUUGAAAAAUGUAUUAUGAUGAAUGAAAGUGUUUACCCCCCCCACCCCCCCUGUUACUAUGGAGACUGUCUAGGACAUCCAUGUUACUAUAGUAACUCUACUGAUCAAUGACAGCAUCCAUGUUACUAUAGUAACUCUACUGAUCAGUGACAGCAUCCAUGUUACUAUAGUAACUCUACUGAUCAGUGACAGCAUCCACGUUGCUAUAGUAACUCGCUGUGUGUUUCUCUGACUGAGUCUCAGUCUGUUGGAUCUUCUCUCGUAGUUUGUUUUGGUGGAAUGAAGAAAUCUCUUUAAUAAAAACAUAAAAUAAAA